AUGAAAACCGGAGUACCCCGAGAAAAACCACCCUUUGAAGCACAGGAGAGCACUAUGCACAUCUAUAGGAAGCACCCAGCCGAGGUAAAUAUCAACUUCGUUCCCAGGAUAUCCAGAUCAUAGUUCAGUGACGUUUAGGUCAUUGGUCAGUAUCCAACGAUGACCUGAAAAAAACCCCUGCAAUCUGAUUGGUUCUCUAAGUUUAUACACAGUUGACCCGUACAGAAUUCUUCUCUAUUUUGGCACAUAUUUUGACUAUUGCAAGUAAAUAAUAAUGAGAACUUUUCUAAAUUUUAACACGAGGAAUCAAUAGGUACAUAUACUUUAUACAUUUUCUGCAUAUAUUUUGAGCACAAUUAUUCCCAUGACUCCAGAUGUAAAUUAUCAAUUAUGCAUCAUUAUGAAGGCAUAUUUUGCCUGAAAGGAUCUGUUAUAUUAUGUUCUAAUAUAACACACAAUCAAUGUUUUCUCAUAGUUUAAAAUAAAGAAAUAACAGUUACUUCCGACAAAUUAAUCGCGGAAAAAUCUUGCCAUAAACCUUGCCGAAAAUUUCUUUCACUCUUGGCGUCUGUUUGCAUCUUUGCGUGAAAAUAUUAAUUUAUGUUUAAUUUAUUCACUUGCAGGAUGAGUAUAUAUGUUGAGGACUUUGAAAAUGUUUAUUCAAGUGCAAUAUUCACGCAAAAACAAUCCGUAAUCUAAUUAGCAUGAGUCUUUGGUCGUUAGCACGAGACUUAUAGUUUAGCGAAUUUGAAAAUUUUUUAAAACUACUUGAGGACGAAAAUAAAGAAAUUAUCAUAACCGGAGAUCUCAAUUGUAACAUUCUUGAGCAGAACAAAAGUUUGCCUACUUCUAAACUAGUUGACCUGAUUGACAUUUGUCAAUUACAGCAACACAUACAGUGUCCCACGAGAAUUACUAGUACAACAGCAUCACUACUGGAUGUUAUCCUCACUUAUUAUGGUGAUGAUAAAAUAUUAGAUACAGGAGUAAUACACCUUGGUAUCAGUGAUCAUAGUCUUGUUUAUCUGUGUCGAAAGCUCAGCAUUCCUAAGGCGCCACCAAAAACUGUCUUUACUAGACAUUAUAAAAAUUAUAAUGUUAACCAGUUUAACAACGAUCUAAGUGAGGUUUUUAGUUUGCCCUUGGAUUCAGCUAUUUUAACUGACCCAAAUGCCUUAUGGAACGAUUUUAAAAAUAAGUUUUUGAGCGUCGCAGAUAAACAUGCACCAAUCAGACAACGUCGUGUCAAGAGUGAAUAUAAACCGUGGCUGACAAAUGAAAUUAAGCAAAUGAGCUAUCGUAGGGAUUACCUUAAAAAGCAAUCGAUUAAAUUAAGAUCUGCGUAUUAUGAUAAGGCUUACAAGAGAUGUAAAAACAAGUUAAAUAAUCUCAUAAAAGAAACUAAACAAGAAUACUUUAGAGAUAAACUAAGCAAUGCUAAAAAUAGCAAAGAAAGUUGGCGAACUAUUAACGAAUUAUUAAACAAAAAGCCUAAAACUUCAGAGGUUAAAGAACUAGAUAUAAAUGGCCAACUUAUUACUGACGAUGAUAAAAUUGCAGAUGCCUUCAAUCAAUAUUUUUCCACAAUUGGCAGUACGUUGUCUGACAAGAUCACAGGUAACUGCACUGAUCCAAUGAACUUUGUGACUCCUCUUGAUGGUAGUAUAUUCAACUUUACAAGCAUUACACUCCAAGAAACAAUAGAUGCACUCAAUGAAAUUAAAACUAAGAAAUCUCCAGGGCUUGAUGGUAUUAGUAUAAGGUUACUAAAAGAUGCAUCUAACAUUGUGGCAGGACCACUAGUGAACAUAUUCAAUGUAUCCCUUCAAAGAGCAAUUUUCCCUAAUGAUUGGAAAUUAGCAAAGGUGACCCCCAUAUUUAAAGAAGGAAAUAAAGCAGACUGUGAAAAUUAUAGGCCAAUAUCUGUUAUUUCAGCUGUAGCUAAACUUUUCGAAAAACUGGUAUACCUGCAGCUAAGUUCAUUCUUGAGGUUGAAUGGCAUUCUUGUGGAACAGCAGUCUGGCUUCCGUCAUCAACAUUCUACUGAAACUGCACUGCUUAGUUCUACAAAUGAAUGGUUGUUCAAUAUGGACAGAGGUUUACUUAGCGGAGUUUUAUUUCUAGACCUUAAAAAAGCUUUUGAUACUGUCGACCAUCAUAUUCUUUUAUCAAAGCUUGAAUUAUAUGGUAUUAAAGGAACUAGCCUGAAAUGGUUCGAAUCAUACGUUUCUGGUCGAAGCCAAAUAUGCUCUGUGAAUAGCAAGAUGUCAGCUGUUAGACAAAUAAAAUGCGGGAUACCUCAGGGCUCUAACCUUGGGCCUAUUUUAUUCCUAUUGUACAUAAAUGAUCUUCCUAACUGUUUAGAGACAACUAAAGCAAAUCUUUUUGCUGAUGACACAAGCCUUUCUUGUGAAGGGUUUAGUCCAUAUGAAAUUGAGAUCAAACUUAAUAAAGACAUUGAAAAUGUUCAUAGGUGGUUGACAGCUAACAAGCUCUCAUUAAAUAUGAAAAAGAGUGAAUUUAUGAUAAUAGGAUCAAGACGUCGCUUAGCUUCAAUUGAAAAUAGCCCAGUACUAACAUUAGGGGGAAACAACAUUAAGCGAGUUUACCAAAAAAGUCACUAG